UCGCGCGGCCGCUUAUCCCGGAGUGGGGGGGAGCGCAUCCCUGUAUCCCUCCGUCUCGCAUCCCCGCCCGCGUCGCUCCCGCCGCCAUGGACGAGGAACGCGAGACUCUGCAGAGGAUUGUCAGUACUCUAGUGAACAAAAAUGAUGAAAUUCACAACUUCAUCGACAUGCUGAACCAUACAAUAUCAAAUGUUCAGGUAAACUCUUCCAAUGCAAUCAGUGAGCUGGAUGAAGAAUUUGAUGGUCUGUAUUCUGUAUUGCACGAGAUGAAGGGGAGUAUGGCCAACACUAUCCAGCAAGAAGAGGCUCGUAAAAUUCAAGCUCUGCAGGAUCAGCUUAGCCAGUGUAGUCAUGCCUUGGAGAAUUCUGAAGAGCUGCUGGAAAUUGCUGUGCAGUCUCUGGAUAUAAAGAACCCUGCGAAACUCUUAGAGGCUGCCAGACAGAUCAAAGAUAGUGUCACAGUGGCUUCAGCAUUCCGCCUCUCCCUGAAACCAAAAGUCAGUGACAGUAUGACUCAUUUGAUGGUGGACUUCACUCUGGAAAAGCGCAUGCUUCAGGCUGUGAAGUUUUUGCCAGUCCCUAAAGCUCCAGAGAUAGAUGUAGCAGCAUGUAUGGUUGCUGAUAACUGCAUAACAGUAUCAUGGAGGAUGCCUGAAGAAGACCCCAGAAUUGAUCACUUUGUACUGGAGUACAGGAAAACCAACUUUGAUGGGCUCCCUCGACUAAAAGGUGAACAGCAUUGGGAAGUGAUCAACUACAUCAAAGCCACUCAAUACACGUUAUCAGGUCUGAAAUUUGAUACAAAAUACAUGAACGUUAGAGUACAAGCUUGCAACAAAGCUGUAGCAGGGGAAUACUCUGAUCCCGUAACUCUGGAAACCAAAGCAUUUUUGUUCAGUUUGGACAGUACUUCAUCUCACCUGAACUUGAAAGUUGAAGACACCUUUGUUGAAUGGGAUCCCACUGGAGGUAAAGGCCAAGAAAAAAUAAAAGGGAAGGAAAAUAAAAAUAGUGGCCAGAAUCCUCUGCUGAAGAGCAAUAGAAGAAGCAAUGCAGCAUCUCCGAAGAGAGCCACCAACAGCCCAAGAGCCUCGGCCAGGGGCAGCAGGGAUCGCUUUGCUGGUGAAUCCUACACAGUGCUGGGAGACACUGCUGUUGAGAGUGGACAGCAUUACUGGGAAGUGAGAGCCCAGAAGGACUGCAAAUCCUACAGCGUGGGAGUCACAUACAGAAACCCAGGGAAAUUUGACCAACUGGGAAAGACUAAUUCAAGCUGGUGCAUCCAUAUCAACAACUGGCUGCAAACCACAUUCUCAGCAAAACAUAAUAAUAAAGCAAAGACUCUUGAUAUACCUGUUCCUGACAGAAUAGGAGUAUACUGUGACUUUGAUGGAGGUCAGCUCUCAUUUUACAAUGCAAACUCAAAGGCGCUGUUACACACCUUCAGGACUAAAUUUACCCAACCAUUACUACCAGGCUUCAUGAUCUGGUGUGGAGGUCUCACAGUGAGUACUGGAUUGCAGGUGCCAAGUGCUGUGAAAACCCUUCAGAAAAGUGAAAAUGGAUUGAGUGGCUCAACAAGUAGCCUAAACAAUGUUGCCUAGUAGUGUCUGUUAAACAUUUCUAUUGCUGAAUGUUGGGUUUUUUCUGUGUAGCUACUACUCACAGAAGCUUGUGAGCAUUGGAUUAAACUGGGUUUGCUACCUUCCGCUGUUUAGGGCCUGGGUACUGAUAGCGCAAAGCUUUGAGGCUAAAGUGUUAGGAACCUACUGGGAAUCCAGACAAAUGUCAGAAAACUGAACUGUUGCCUAUUUAAAAAAAAAAGAAAAAGAAAUCAAAAGCUGUAA